UGCCAUUUUUUUACUAUUAUUGUCAGCUACUUAGCAUUAUUUGUGAUAAAGCGUCACGAUACCUCGCCGGAAGGCGAAGGAAGCAAUUAAUUUGGGGAGAUCGGUGGUCAAAUUGAAGGAAAUGAACCCACCGUAGUAGCCAAGUCUCAGUUCGGUCCACAUUUUCAGAGAAAGCAAAUCGUAACAAAAUAAUUUUAUUCCUCUUUUGCACGGUAAUAAGYACGGUACUGGCAGAAUCAGUUGCCUCAUAAAAUUUGAAGUUAUUUCAUCUUAGCGACCAAAGAGAAUCUUCCAUGUCUCAUCCAGCCAAGCUUAUCAACGAAACUUCUUGGCGCAUUGUCAACGGGGACUACGACGAAGCAAUCAUUGCUCUGACGAGGACGUUGAUGACCCUGAAACUCGCCUUGUCUGGUGAUGCAAGAAUCACUGCUGCAUGCAGUAUGAUCGAUGAYGAAAGCGACGGUUGCAGGGUUGAAUGUGAUUCACUAUCGUCUUCGUCGUCUACUGGUUUCGAAUACGAGUUUUUCUCGUCGUCCAGAUCCUCGUCCUUUCUCAAGACUUGCGCCGCUGUGAAAGGACUUCGCAGCAAAAACAUCAAUGAACACGAUCCUUCUGUACAAUCUAGUUGCGACGAAUACAACAGCAGAUGUCGUCUUGCUCAACACAAAUUCGAAAUAUCAAUAUUUCAAGACCCUAUCAUGGUACGGGGCRAAGACUUCCGAGCUAACUUGGACGAACAAAGUUGUGAAGAGCUCUCCUAUGUAGCAAUCUACAAUCUAGCACUUGCACACCAUUUGAAAUCUGUGGAACUUGCAUCGUCCUCGGAACAAACUUUACGGAGGGUCUACUUACAAAAAGCCUUGUCGCUUUACGAACAUUCCCACCAAAUCCUUAUGAAACAAACGAUCAACGUUGGUGUUCCCGUCAUCCAUUCCAUGGCUCUCGUCAGCAAUUUAGGUCAAAUUCACAACUCACUCGGCGAUCAGCGAAAGGUYGAAACAUGCAUGCAAUAUCUUUUAUCGACAAUUAUGUAUGCUGUUGACUGUGGAUUGGUUGACUCACUGGGGACCUCCAUCGACGGCUUUUUUGAAAUGAUAAUGCCUCUCGUGUCCAAAAACGACGCAGCGGCAGCAGCUUAGGAAGGUGUUCAUCUGGARRAUUUCAAUUUACUAGGUUGAUCAACAAUGCCAUUUGUAUGAUAUACUCAACAAGAAUCUGUAACAAUAGUGAGAUAACAAGCUGAUCCCACCAGGGUUAGAAAUUACAUAGCUACUGAUCUUAUUGUACUAAUACUGUAGUACUAGUCAUGACCUAAACAUUCUCUUCACCAAGUGGUGCACCACUACUACUACUACUACUACUUGUAGCAGUAGUACUAACUGGUGGUUUCAGGAGGUAUAGUAGUACUAGCUACUACUACUAGUACUACUACUACUAGAAGUACUACUACUACUACUACUACUACUACUACUACUACUACUACUACUACUGGGGCCAUAGCAUCAGGGCUAGCUGCUGUUCAUCCACAGCAGAGUAGCAGUACUACUACUACUAGUACUACUACUAGUAGUAGUACUAUUAGUAUUACUACUACUAGUAGCUAGUAGUAGAUGGUCUAUUUUUGGUCUCUCUGUCUGUCUGUCAAAAAGUAGUAGCCCACCUAGAUUAACGGGAAUCGGUGUAGCGAGUCCCGUGCGCAGUGGACUGAACGCUUGCGCGCGCCUCAACGCGCGCGCAACAGAAUGGAUGGCUGUAAGCGAAGCACUGACACCCUCAACAAGAGGUGCACCUCAGCCUCCAGCAGCAACAAGCUGUUCACUCAACAUACUGUUGUGUGCACUAACUGCAAACAGUAACUGUAGUUAAUAAUACGCAACGCUUUGGGAAGGGGAGGGGACUAAGCCCGAGAGUUUACCCCCAUCCUGUUCCCCUGCUGGACUUCCUGGCCAUGGUUACCACAGCCCAGGCACUCCCGGUCACUUACCGGGACCUCUACGAGAACCCCGAAGCCAACCCCUUCGGAGCUGACUCCAACCGCCGAAGGACAGCCUAUGAAGGUAUCUAUCAGAAGUUUCGCAGCGGUCCUAAUCCGACACCAGCAAAACUGCUGCUAGAAACGCUCCUCAACAUCUUCGAUGCCCAAGCCGUUGGAGGACUAGGAAUCUUCGUAACAGACCACGAUUCUAUCCUACGGCUGCGAGUCAUACAUGGACUACGGAAAUAUCCGGGUGACCUCCUCCGGAGCUCCCCAAACGCAGGGAAGGUCUUUGGGUACCUAGACGAUGUAGUGUCUGGGAUAGGAGAACUAGUACAGGUCAAAUCAAGCUUGCUUGGGCUCACCAAAGAGGUCAGGGUCUGCACCUUGGGGCAACACAUUGUAAGCCUCGAAGCGGAUCCGUCGCUGGAAUAUAUCCCCCCAAAGGAGGAAGAUGAUCCCGAGGCCACGGAGCUACUCCGUUGCCGACAGACCUUCUACAUCCCCUUUGAACUGAUGCCUCUUCUAAGAGGAAAAGGUCUCACCCCCAGGGAAGCUUUCUUUAUCAUACACCCGUGGUUAGUAAGCCAACGAUUAGAGGCUGUUGCGGUGCCAGUACUAGACACCUUACGAGUCACAGGAACACAUGUUAACACAGCCACUAACACGGUUACUUGCAAGACAGCACAUGCCAAACCAGGCCCCUUAUUCCGGAUGGAACCCGGACUGACACUGUACAUGGACCGCCAAGUACUACACCGUGAUUUAGCGGGGCUUGCUAAGCCUAAAGCCUCAGCUCCCAGCCCGGAAACCGCGGCACUCGCGGCUGCGGUUGCCACUCUCACGGACAACCAACUCAAAGUUAACGAGGCUAAUGAAAGGCGCCGAGCUGAAGAAGCCAAGCCACCUUCCAUGGAAGACAGUUUUGGGAGACUAAAUGUAUCACGACUCAUCUCGCUUUGCAACCGCGCCAGCUGGGAGGAGCUUCCCCCGGUCUAUCAAGCAUGGACAGCUAGUAAAAAGAAAGGGGAAAAGCUACACGCCUUGUUCCAGAGCUUUGUCGACCAAACGGCUAGGGAAUUAGGGACCCCUUCCCCCUUCGUCACCACAGCCACACUUAAAGCCUUCCAAUCCUUCUGUUUCUUUGGAGUCGAUGAAUGUGAUCUAGGGGAAGGGAUAUUGCCUAUGUCCCUGGCUCCACCUGGAGGGUCCCCAACCGCUCGCAAACGGCAAGUGGAGGAAGCAAAAACAGCACUUGCUUAUGACACCCUUAUGGCCACGGCAGGGAACUCUGUGAGCUUAACUGACGCCCUUAAGCUGAGCAAGUCAAAGAGCUACAUACCCCUCGACUGGGUAGAGGCUCUCUUACAGCUAGAAGGCUACUUGCCGGUCCUCGCCACACUACUAGGAGUUGAACAUGGCCUAGUGAGGAAUUACGGAGCCGAACUUGAACGGCUCAAAAGCAUGCAGCUAGGCCUACGAUACUCACUUGUAGACACCUACGGAGACAAGUUAGCCCCCGCAAUGAUAGUGUACUAUUUCAAUUGCGAGUACGCUACUGGCUGAAAGAACAGUGGGACAGUCCCCCCGGUCAGACCACAGACAUUCCUUCCUUCACCAGUGAUCUUCGACUCUUCCAAAUGUCACAAAGCUUGAGCUGGCUACCAGUUGUUACUGAUGUGCCCGCAUUACACAGCCUCAAACAGAAGACCACAACAGCACCGCUGCAAACCAGUCGAAGCAGAGGAAAGGCCAGCACUUCUACCAACACUACCAAUACUGGGCAAGGAUCUCCUCAACAGCGAAUCGAAAACCAGCAGUGAGACCCCCGGUUCAACACAGCCGAUCCGGCCAUGAGCGAAAGAGUGAAAGGAUGGAAAAUUGCCAAGGCUAUGGGUGUUAUGAAAGAGAAGGGAAAGGGGCCCUGCCUCAGGAAUGACGGCAAGGAGAUGUGCCACUCUUGGCAUGCCAAGGGCUUCUGCUACAGCGGCUGUAAGUUGAGCUACGACCAUCAUGAACCCCAAGAAGACGAGAAGGAUAGGUUCUGGGCCUGGUGCCAAGAGGCCUAUGGGCCACAAUGAAGAGGGGGCAGGCAGCUCCCUCACCAACCAGCUGCUGUGCCACUGCCCCCCCCCGAAUAUCUGCCGGAUGGUGUCAGACUCAGUAGCUCUAGAAACAAGCCCGAGCCCUUGUAAGCGGCUCCGGCUCGAGGAAAAGGGGAGUCCACCCCUUUCACCAGAACUAGGUAAGUCCCGAACCAGGGCCUGGCCCCCGUUUAAAGAUAAGCAGGCUAUGGAGCCCGUUCCAGUCACGCCCUGCCUACAUCCAGUGCCACGCCGCUACCAGGCUACAAGUAUUGGAACCGAGUUACAUGGCAGCCUCCGGAGCCAACAGUCGGCGGCAGCAGCCGACCCCAACCGAGGGGACCGGAGGUCUGUACCGCCUCCACUCAAGAACCAACACUAUGAAUCUACCGCCUCCCUCACCUCACCCUAUCCGGAGGACAGACUGGACCGACACGUAGCUCAAGCUCUAGCAACCUUUGCGGCCGCUGGGUCUUGGGAUGAGUUUGUCCGCACAGUACGGGGGAGGGGGGACCUGCAUCCGGAUGUAGGAAAGCUUGCACACCCCGCCGCCAAGCUACUGAAGGAGUUCCAGACCAACGGGACCCCGGUGGAAAUGGCAACACCCCCGUGGACCAAAGGACAAAUUCAAUCUGCAUUGGCCCGGGGACCGCACAAAUCCUCAAGGAAUGGGAUUGAAUUCCUAUGGGAGGAGUAUGCUGACAUGAUGGAUAAGCAGCAGUGGACAGUGCUACCAGCCUCAGUGGUUCAGGACAUCCCGGGCUUGAGGCUCAGUCCUCUAGGGCUUGUCCCGCAGAGGGGGCGCAGGGACCAGAUGAUCUCCGAUUACAGCUACUUUGGAGUCAAUGGGGACACCCACCAAUGGGCCCCCUUAGAGGCUAUGCAGUUUGGGAGAACUCUGCAACGGUUACUAGUCCGGAUCCACCGAGCAAAUCCACGGUUCGGCCCCGUCUACAUGUCGAAAAUAGACCUCUCAGAUGGAUUCUAUCGGUUGUGGCUGUCCCCCAAAGGAAACAUCCAGUUAGCUGUGCUGUUCCCUGCUAGGGAGAACGAGCCCCCUCUUGUCGGGAUUCCCCUAACGAAUCCCAUGGGAUGGUGCUCAUCACCCCCUAACUUCAGCGCCUGCACUGAAACGGUUGCGGACCUCGCUAAUGAGGUCCUGGUGUGCCCCAAACGAUUCACCGCGCUGCAAACUCUACCGCAUCGGCUGGAAAAAAUAUCAGAGACUCCCUGCAAAGAUGAGGGGAACCCCGCUACCAGGCAACCAGCGGGGCCCUCAAGGGGGGCUACCAACGCGUACAAGGUCCCUCUGAAAUAUUGGGACAUAUACGUAGACGAUUUCUGUGGCUUGGCACAGGGGAACCGGUGGACUAGACAGGCAGUUAAACGAGCCCUCUUCCACCAAUUAGAUAGAGUCUUCCGGCCAUUGGACUCCACCGACUCCUGCUUCCGGCAAGAACCCGCCUCACUCAAGAAACUGAGGAAGGGAGACGCCACAUGGGCCACCCGCAAGGUGACCCUGGGCUGGUUAGUGGACACCAUCAGCGGGACGCUCCAGCUGCCACUCCACCGGGUGCAACGGCUCCAGGAUAUACUGGCGUCCAUUAAACCAAAACAGAAGCAUGUGGGGAUCCCAGACUGGCAUAAAUUGCUAGGGGAACUACGGUCCAUGUCAAUUGCCUUGCCUGGAUCCCUAGGACUGUUCUCAGUACUACAGGAGACCCUUCGACACAAGGAGGGGGGACGGAACCGGCUACGGUUAUCCGCCCCCCUCCACAGUUUCCUCGAGGAUUUUCGAUACAUUGCAAAGGACCUCGCUAGCCGGCCGACCCGGAUUGCGGAACUAGUCCCGGACCCAUGCCCGGCCACUGUGGGAGCUUGCGAUGCUGCAGGAGCGGGAAUGGGUGGCGUACACUUUGUUCCUCUACCAGAUGGAUCGAUGCAGCCCUUGCUCUGGCGAGCAAAGUUCCCUGGUUGGGUCCAGCGAGAGCUUGUGAGCUUCUCUAACCCGGAAGGAACCAUAACCAACAGCGAGCUGGAACUGGCUGGGUCGGUAGCUCACAAUGACAUACUUGCCCAGGCAGCUCAGGUGGCAGAGCGAACCACACUGAACCUGUACUACGACAAUACAGCCACAGUCUACUGGCAACGGAAGGGGGCCGCAACCACACUUGGACCUCCUGCUUAUCUACUGCGGCUGCAAGCACUACACCAGAGGGAGUUUCGUUAUGUGCCGCUCCGGGACUACAUCCCGGGGGAGGAGAACACAAUGGCAGACACUCUGUCGCGGGCUUGGGACCUUGAUCACUCACAGCUGUUGGAUCACUUUAAUACUGUUUAUCCACAGAGCAAACCCUGGGCCGCAUGCCGCCUCCGGAAGCCCAUGUAUUCCGCACUGAUCUCAGCCUUGUCCAGGAGGAGAUGCGAUCCAGUGUCACUGAAGGGUACACCAAAAAGAAGGAUGCCCAUUGGAAGCAAUGGCUUCAUUUCUGUCUGUCGCAGCGCCUGGACCCCUUCCUUAGAGCCACGGCAGACCCGGUGCCCCUCCUCCAAGUGUUCGGCACCAGAUACCAUGACGGGAGGCUGUCGUCCAGUGGCAACCGCGCCAGAGCUCAUACAGUAUCAGACGCCAUUCGCUCAGUGGGCCAGAUGAUCACCCGGAUGACUAUAGGCUAGCCUCGCAGUAUCGGGCCUACCGGCAAGCCGACAGGCCCCCAGCGCGGGUUAAACCUAUUCCCAUUACGAUUAUCAUUCAUGCACUCAAGUUCGCGUAUCAUCAACGACCAUCAGAGGAACGGAAGGCAAUCGCUAACAUGAUGUGUAUUGCCUUUUAUUUCUGUCUCAGGCCUGGUGAGUACACUGGUACCACCACGGAUGAUCAAGCCUUCUCCUUACAGGACGUUGCUUUCUUCAUUGGCGCCAGACGUCUCGUCCACGAGCUGGCUUCGGAUGCCGAAAUCUCCGCAGCCACCUCCAUCCAACUCACCUUUACAACCCAGAAGAAUGGUCACAAAGGGGAUGUUAUUGCACACUCCCGGAGCAAUGACCCCCUGUGCUGUCCUGUGACGGCAACCAUUCGCCAGUUCCUCACCCAUCGACAUCAUCAUGCCCCGGCGCUGCCUGCAGGCUCCAUCAAGCUCGCAAGCUAUUACAACAGCCGCGGCAUCAACAUACGUGUAACGGCCAGUAUGAUUACCACCACCAUGCGGUGGCACGCUGCUGUGCUUUUCCACACCACGGGUAUCACCCCAACCACGCUCAGCGCUCGGUCGCUGCGGGCGGGAGGCGCCAUGGCCCUCCUACACGGCCGCUGCGACUCCAACGUUAUCAAACUCCUUGCACGUUGGCACAGUGAUGCCAUGAUGCGUUAUCUCCACCAGCAGUCAGUCCCUCUGUUCCAACGGCUCGCCCCCCUCAUGUUCAACAAAGGCACCUACUGCUUCCUUCCCGACGAGAGCGUCCCCGGCUCGCCCUAACGACCGCACACGCCCCCAUCGGUCCCUCCUGCUCUUCCCCACCUCGCUUCGCUCCCUCCCUGUGGCCGCUGGCCCUCUGGCAGUUAUCUGCUAUGAGACUGUAUCGGCCAGUGGGUUGCGUCACACAAACCGAUAUAAUGGUGUUUUAAGUUUCCUGCGUGCACGAAAACAAAUUCCCGCGCGUGUUUUU